UCCAGCACGGUCAGGUCCGCCGGGGGCAAGCGUUCUGAGUCACGCCCUUGUUUAUAUACUAAAUGAGGCUACGAAGUGGUAUUUGGCUUACUAAAGAAGAUAUAUUCUUCAACAUCUGCCUGGAUAUGCGAUAAUUACGAAUUCUUAAUUGCCGAAAUUACGACGAAGUCGGAAAAAAAGCUACACUCCAAGAUGGCUGCCGUCUGUGUUGUUUUGCUUCGUGCACCUUCUGCUUCAGAAAAAGACAAAUAUCACAGGGAAUUGAUGUCUAAAGGGUAUGUUCCUUAUUCGAUUCCUGUACUGUCAUUUGAGUUUGAGAAUUUAGACAGGUUGGCUGAAACACUACAUCAGCCUCAGAGCCAUGGAGGUAUGAUAAUUACAAGCCCCAGAAGUGUUGAAGCCAUAGAACUUUCUAUUUCAAAGUACAUUCCCAAAGAGAAAUGGUUAGAAGUUCUUCAAAAACAAUGGCAAGAUCUACACUUAUUUGCCAUUGGCGAUGCAACAUCAACAGCCAUGAAGAAUAAACUUGGACUUCAGAGUUGUGGAUAUCAAUCUGGAAGUGCCGAAAAACUGGUACCAAUCAUAAAACAAGUAAUUACAGCUGGAAAUCAGCCAUUGUUAUUCCCCUGUGGAAAUCUCAGAAGAGAAACUAUACCACAAGAAAUGAAAAACGCAGGAAUCAAACUAACAUCUGUAGAAGUGUAUAAAACCAUUCCAAACCCUGAAAUACAAUCAGCACUUCAAGAGCAUAUCAAAACAAAGGGUUUGCCAGAUGUCAUUGUCUUCUUUAGUCCCUCUGGCUUGGAAUUUACCAUAGAUUUUAUAAAAGACAUAAUGGGAGACCUCAGUACUAUUAAGCUGGUUGCUAUUGGUAACACAACAAGUCAAGCAUUGCACAACAAAGGCUUGUCUGUUGCAGGGGUUGCAGAGAAGCCAAACCCUGAAUCUCUGUGCCAAUGCAUACAAAAGUGCUGUCCUACCUCAGGGUGAUGAUAAUUGAAAAUGAACUUUUUGAGAUCAUAAUUGUGACAAAUAUACCCUGGAUUACACAAAUGUCAGAAUCGGAAUUGGAAGCAACUUACCUAGACUUAGUAGUGAACUGUUCAUUAAAAGUGCUUGUCUUUUUUCACACCUAGGUAAAAAAUGCCAUACUGAGUCUGCACAUGCUGCUUACGAUUUCGAUUCUAGUGUAGGAACCAGGCUUAAUCAUAGCACAGGGGCUGCAUACAGGCCGAGUUUCUCUGUAUCUUUUCUUUUGUUUCAUUAUUUUAACUUCUUAAGGAGUUGGUAAUAACAUCCCUCAAUACUUAACUUCAUUAGCAGCUAAAUGUUUGGAGGUCAACAAUGGAAGUACACGGCUUCUGUUUCCUGUGAUUUAAACUCCCCCACCCCACCCCACCCCAUUAACUAUGCCUCUGACAAAAAUUUAUAAAAAUAUGCAAAUUCAAAAUAUAACAUAAAAACAUCAUAAUAUAGUAGGUAAUGGUAUUUCUUAAAAAAGAAUUUAUAGUGAUAUAAGGGAUUUACUUUUAAAAAGAUGUGUGUGUUUUUAAUGUUAUAGUUAUUGCUAAGAAAUGUGUCCAAAAUUUGUUUCAUUGGACAAGCACAAGUAAAACAAAGUAUAUAAAAUGUAGUUAUUUUUUUGAUUCAAAUAUCCUUUAACAGGUUCUCUAGGGAGGGAGGUUAGAGAAGGAAAAAUGAAAGGAGAAAGAGCCUAUCUGAGAUCCCUUUGGAAUUUUGAUAAAAGGCAAUUUAUAAAUUCAAUCUUUGAAUGGGUCUUGGGUCUUAAUAGUAUCUAUACGUAUAAUGACGCAUUAGAUAAUAUAACAAGAAGCAAAUAAAAGUGUAUUUUUGAUAAA